GUCACUCACUGCCGGAACACCCCGGCUGCUUUCCGAACCGCCGGGGGAAUCUCACCCAGCCAGGGAAGGCGCCCGUCCCCCACUUCGCCGCUUUCCGCCGCCAAUCGCCCGGGACAUCCCCCACACCGAGCCCGGCCGCCGCCGCCGCCGCCGCCGCGCCAUGGCGAUCGCAAGGCAAGUGCUUUGUCUCUCUGCUUUCCUGGCGCUGCCGCUCGCUCGCGCCGAGCCCAUCCGCUACUCCGUAGCCGAGGAGGCGGAAAGCGGCUCCCUGGUCGGCAAGCUGGCGGAGGACGCGGGGCUGACGCCGCCGCAGCUGUCGGCUCGCCGCGCCCGCCUGCUCUCGGAGGACGGCCGGCAGCAUUUGCGCUUAGACCGCAGCUCCGGCCGCCUCCUCGUGGCGGGGAGGCUCGACCGGGAGGAGCUGUGCGCCCACUCGGCCACCUGCAUGCUCCCCUUCGAGCUGCUGCUCUCCGACCCCCUGCAGUUCUUUCGGGUCGAGGUAUCCCUGGAAGAUAUCAAUGACAAUUCACCCUUCUUCCCCGCGGAAAGUGUCAUAUUUAAGAUUCCGGAAAGGAGUGACCCGGGCACUCGUUUCCCACUACAGGUGGCUCGGGAUCUCGAUAUUGGCAGCAACACAGUCCAGGCAUACAGCAUCUCUCCUAAAAACGGGUAUUUUAGUGUUUCCUAUGGAACUCGGAUUGCAGGAAAGAAAUACCUGGAACUGGUCUUGGAAAAGCCGCUUGACAGAGAGGAGCAGGCAGAGAUGGAUUUUAGUGUUAUUGCUGAAGAUGGGGGAUCUCCUCCCAGGACUGGCACCACGGAAGCCCACAUUGUCAUUCUAGAUGUAAAUGACAAUGCUCCCAUCUUCACACAGGACGUGUACAUUGUAAAGGUUCUGGAGAACAUGCCAGAAGGUUCUAUGAUUCUGACUGUGCUGGCAACAGAUCAGGAUUCAGGAGCUAAUGGGAACAUUUCCUAUGAACUCAGUGAACCAGUGGAACUCAGGGACCCAGCAUUUGAGAUUGAUCCCAGAAAUGGUGAAAUAAAACUCACAAAACCCCUGGACUUCGAGGAAGCAGACACUCACGAGCUCAGUGUGAGGGCCACAGAUGGUGGGGGGCUCUCAGCAAUCUGCAAAGUGCAGGUGGAGGUGGUGGAUGUGAAUGACAAUGCCCCAGAGCUGGCGGUCAGCUCCUUCAGCAGUCCCCUCCCCGAGAACACAGUGCCCGGCACCGUGGUUGCCCUGUUUACGGUCAGGGACCGCGAUUCUGGUGCCAACGGGAAGAUCUCGUGUGCCCUGGACGAUCAGCUCCUCUUCUCCCUGCGGCCAGCCUACAAGAAUUACUAUGAGCUGGUGACAGUGAGCGCGCUGGACCGCGAGCACACGGCUCGCUACGUGCUCAGUGUCACAGCAGCAGAUGCGGGCUCGCCUCCUCUCACAAGCACGCACACCUUCACCGUGGACAUCUCGGACGUCAAUGACAACGCGCCCGUCUUCAACCAGACGUCCUACACCAUGUACGUGCGGGAGAACAACGCGCCCACGGUGUUUGUGGGAGCCGUGAGCGCUGCAGAUGCUGACGUGGGGCUCAAUGCCAAGGUGACCUAUUCGCUGGCCCCGGUGGCGGCGGCAGAGCGGCCCUCGUGCUCCUGCAUCUCGGUGAACUCUGAGAACGGACACGUGUUUGUGCUGCGGCCCCUGGACUACGAGCGCUUGCGGCAGAGCGAGGUGACGGUCAGCGCCUCUGACGCGGGCUCUCCUCCCCUGCGAGCCAACGUCACCGUGCGCCUCGUGGUGCUGGACGAGAAUGACAAUGCACCGCUCGUGCUCUACCCGGCCCAGGACAGCAGCCCAGCGUCCAGCGAGCUCGUGCCCGUGUCGGCCGAGCCGGGCUACCUCAUCACCAAAGUGGUGGCCGUCGAUGCCGACUCCGGACAGAACUCCUGGCUCUCGUACCACCUGCUCAGGGCCACCGAGCCCGGCCUGUUCAGCGUGGGUGUGCAGAGCGGCGAGGUGCGUCUCAAGAGGCCGGUGACAGAGAGGGACAGCGUGAAGCACAAGCUCCUUGUCCUGGUCCGAGACAACGGCAAGCCCCCGCUGUCAGCCACGGCAGCUCUGAGCGCGCUCCUGCUCAAGGACUUCUCCGACGUGCGCCUCCCGCACAGCAGCCCGCCCGCAGACGAGCAGGGCGACUCCCUGACCACCUAUUUAAUCAUUUCCUUGGUCUUUGUCUCGCUCCUCUUCCUCAUCUCCUCCGCGCUCUUUGUGGCUCGCAAGGUGUGCAAGAGCAAGGAGCUGAAGGCUGCCCAUGUGCUUUCUGGUGCCCACGACUUCCAGAGCGGCCUGGCCGAUGCAGCCGCUGCAGGGACCCUGCCCCGCGCCUAUUGCUACGAGAUCAGCCUCACCACGGGCUCGGGCAACAGCGAGUUCCAAUUCCUCAAGCCCAUCCUGCCCAGCCUGCCAGCACAGCACUGCGCCACGGGCCAGGGCCCCCAGGAGCAGCAACAGGAUUUCCCCUGUGUCCCUGUCAGCACAGAGGAUAUGGCACCAGACAAUGCUGGGACUCUCUCUGCAAGGCAGUUCAACGCUCUUGCCUUGAACUAGCCCAGGGUCUACACAUCCAGAGGCUUCAUGGCUCAUGGGAGAAUGGGCUGCAUGUUCCUCAUGUGGCAAUAAUUCCACCAGAUAAUACCUCUGCAUCCAAUUUGCAUAGUAAAUUUCUUGCAAAUUCUAAAUGAGGCUGAACUUUGUUUUCCACUGUAAAAACAAUCAGAAGGAAGAGAAGAUAAUCUGAUCCUUUCCCUCAGUCAAAAUUCUAUUUCACCUCCAUCACGGCAACUUUUUAUAGGCUGUAUUAACGCGCUCCCAGAAUUCCUCGUCUGUCUCUUGAUUUCAUAAUCUGUACUUAGACUUAUUAAUCUUUUUUAUAGGUCAAUGGGACAAUUGGGAAUAUAAACCUAACAGUUGCUGAAGAGACAGAAAGCCGUUUUUUCCAGCUUUGAAAAGCAAGUUUGUUCUGAAUAGUGUGUCAUUAACGUCCAUUAACGCAGGGCAUUUUCUUUCUGGAGGUCUCGAUAUCUCUAUCAGAGUUGGGAGGGCCCUUUCUGGUAUUUUUUUUCCUCAAUAUAUUUGUCUGUAGGACCCUUGUGCAUCUGCAGAUGCUUCACUGCUUCUGCCCAGUGAAACAGUGAAUUUCUCCCAUCCAGUCACUGCAUUGCUGGCAAUUUCUGCUCUACAAAGUCUAUUUUGACCCUAUGACUACAGAGGUUUCUUCUUCUUGCAGGAUGAGUGGAACAGGAAAAUGCACAACAAAAUCUUCCUUUGGCCCAUGUGUGAGUCUGGUGUUCUGUCCCCCUCGGAUUUUCUUGGAAAUAGUGCAUCAGCAGCUGUGGUAGGAUAGGCAAUGACUGUAGAGAGUCAGGAAAAGUUAUUCACUGUCUUUGUGUACAUGAAAAUGCCUCAGGUUCAUCAAAGAUAAUUUUCUGGAGUUAGAAUCAAGAACUUGAAAACCGGACUUGGAGUUUUCUUUCCUUAUUCUUGUUUCUGAAUUCGGUAGAUUUUUCUUUUUGGCAAUACAAAGCUGUCCAUACCAGAUUAUCUCUAUUUGUGUCAGAGCAUAUGCAUUCACAUUUUACGCUUUUCCCUUCUACCCUCUUAACUGCAGUGGGCAUUAACUAGCCCAUUCCUCUAGACAAGGACUGCCACACCAUCUAUAAUAACUGGUUGUUUGAAUAAUGUCUGUGAUACAUGAAAUACUUAGAAAGCCUCCCUGACACUAUUUUCUGCUGAAGUUACACAGUUUCACCUUGUAAAUUCGUACAAAUCUGGGUUUAGAAUAUUAAAAAAAUGUAGACCUGAAAUAAAGAGAACACACUGAAUAUAUUUGUGGAGAUCAAAUUAAUUGUAGAGACAUUCUUUCUGGGAAAGCUCUGUCUAUACCUUUAAAAUUCUGGGAGUUAAUUCUUCACUGUGUCCUUUGUCUGAAGCAAGGCUGGGUGGCUACAGCUCCAGAGUUUGGAGAUGCCGGCUGGAAGAGUGUUCAUUGCAUGCCCAUGAUGUCACAAUCAUCUAUCCCUUUGCAGUUUCUCCUGCUGAGGGAUACGGCUCUGUACCUCCGGGCUAAGCCUCGGCUUUAAGCUGGGCUGGGAAAGGCCGCGUCCGGUUCUUGCGGCCGGGUGUCUCGGGAGG